AUGCUCUCUAGUCUCGUGCACCCCUCCUCUCUCGACCUCUCGGGCCCUCCAAGGCCUCCCCGCAAGCAGAGCACCCGCCAUACCAGCGUCAGCAACCCGGACCUCACUGCGUCCGCUCUCACCAGGACCGCCGUCUCGCUCGAAUAUGCGUCCCUCCGUCAUACCGGCCACUGCCCAUUAGGCAUGUAUGUCACGCCCUCUCCUGAGAAUUUGAUGGUCUGGGAUGCCGUCUUCUUUGUGCACCAAGGUUACUAUACCGACUCCAUUCUUAAGUUCCGCCUCAAGUUCCCUCGAGACUACCCGGAACGCCCGCCUGUGGUCCAAUUCUUGACCGAUGUCUUCCAUCCUCUUAUUUCACAGCAGGACGGAACGUUCAAUCUUGCACCCCGUUUCCGUCUGUGGAGGCCGAACGAGCAUCACGUCUUCGAUGUCCUGCACUGGGUGAAGGCUGCCUUCAAAAAGCACGCGCUUGAUGACAUCAAGGAGGGAGACUGCUUCAACAAGGAGGCCUACAGGCUAUACCACGACACGACCUCGUCGUUCGCCGCUCUUGCAACCCAAUCUUCCAUGCUCUCUCAGUCAGCCUCGGCGCUUUUCGACAAGGACCAUCCAUCAAUGGCCGGCAAGGGCUCGCAUAGCAUGCAUUUCAAGGAGCUCAAGUCUGAUCAGUUGGACGCGCUUCGUGCCAGGCUGGGUCUGCAAGACUGGGAGGAGGCGAAUGAGUAA